CCCGCUCCCGCCCGCGCCCGCCGGGCUCGCCGCGCAGCCAUGGCUCAGCACUUCUCGCUGGCCGCCUGCGACGCGGUGGGCUUCGACCUGGACCACACUCUGUGUCGCUACAACCUGCCCGAGAGCGCCCCGCUCAUUUACAACAGCUUUGCUCAGUUCCUGGUCAAAGAGAAAGGAUAUGACAAGGAGUUGCUAACUGUGACUCCCGAGGAUUGGGAUUUCUGCUGCAAGGGCUUGGCACUGGACCUGGAAGAAGGGAACUUCAUUAAACUUGCAGAUGAUGGCACCGUGCUCAGGGCGAGCCACGGCACGAGGAUGACGGCCCCCGAGGCGCUGGCCCACCAGUACGGCGGGAAGCCGUGGAAGCACUUCCCGGGCGACGUGGGACCGGCCGGCCGCUCAGGAAAAUAUUAUUUUUAUGAUAACUACUUUGACCUGCCAGGAGCUCUGCUGUGUGCCAGAGUGGUGGACUCUCUGACAAAGCAGAACAAUGGUCAGAAAACAUUUGACUUUUGGAAGGACAUAGUUGCUGGUAUACAACACAAUUAUAAAAUGUCAGCUUUUAAGGAAAACUGCGGAAUAUACUUUCCAGAAAUCAAGAGGGACCCGGGCAGGUACGUGCACACGUGUCCCGAGCCUGUGAAGAAGUGGCUCCGGCAGCUCAAGAGCGCCGGGAAGGUCCUGCUGCUCAUCACCAGCUCUCACAGCGACUACUGCCGGCUUCUGUGCGAGCACAUCCUCGGGAACGACUUUACAGACCUUUUUGACAUUGUGAUCACAAAUGCACUGAAGCCUGGUUUCUUCUCCCAUUUACCAAGUCAAAGACCUUUCUGGACACUUGAAAACGAUGAGGAGCAGGAGGCGCUACCGUCUCUUGAGAAACCUGGCUGGUACUCCCAAGGGAACGCCGUCCACCUCUACGAGCUUCUGAAGAAAAUGACUGGCAGAGAUGAGCCCAAGGUCGUUUACUUUGGUGACAGCAUGCACUCAGACAUUUUCCCAGCCCGUCAUUAUAGUAACUGGGAGACAGUCCUCAUCCUGGAAGAGCUCAGAGGGGACAGAGACGGGAAGCCUGAAGAGUCCGAGCCUCUAGAGAAGAAAGGAAAAUACGAGGGACCAAAGGCAAAGCCUCUAAACACAUUAUCUAAGAAGUGGGGCUCUUUUUUUAUUGAUUCAGUGUCGGGACUGGAAAACACAGAAGACUCACUGGUCUACACCUGGUCUUGUAAGAGAAUCAGUACUUACAGCACAAUCGCAAUUCCAAGUAUUGAAGCAAUAGCAGAAUUACCCCUGGACUACAAAUUCUCAAGGUUCUCUUCAAGCAAUUCAAAAACAGCUGGCUACUAUCCAAAGCCUCCGUUGAUUCUAUCAAAUAAUGAGACACUGACAACCAAAUAGACUGUCUUUACUGAAAAAUGAAGAACCAUAUAUGCAGCAAAUGUACUGUAAAAUGUUACUUUUUAAAAAAUAUGUGAAAUGCUUUAUAGGAACAUAUUCUGAAUGAUAAUUGACCAAGAAAUCGAUAAUGUUUUUCCAUAGGUCUCCUUUCUGUAUAGAACAUCUUGAUGCCCAGCAACUCUCAUUAUACUGAAAUCUCAGUAUCUUAGAACUGAAAAGAACCUUAUUAAUAUUUUCUACACCAAUAGUUCUGAGAUUAGGACUCACCUGGGAGGAUAUAUACAUACAUAUUCACACACACACACACACACACAUUUACACAUAUGCUAGACCAGUGGUCCUCAAAGUGUGGUCCCCAAGCUAUUAGCACAGCAUCACCUGAGAACCUGGUAAAAUUCAAAUUUGCAGGCCCCACCCAAGACCUGCAUAAUCAGAAACUCUGGGGAUGCAGCCCAGCAACCUGUGUUUAAUAUUAGUGUGAAUCAUAUACUAAGGUUCAAGAAUCACUAGCUACACCGUAACCUCCAGACAUUGGUUUAAUUGGUCUGGAAAUAAGAGAUGAGCACAGACAUUUACCUGCCCCAGGAAAAUGCAGCCAGAAUUGAGAAUAACUGAUCUAUAUCUGUUCCUUCCACUUACAGCCAAAAACACUGAGUCUAGUGAGAAUAAAUGAUAUUUCCAAGUUA